AUGAAGCUCUUCACGACCUUGGGCCUGUUGGCCUCCGCCGGGCAGUACUGGCUUGCGUCAGGACUGCCUCAGUUCCCCGAUAACCCCAUGUGCACAGCUGGCAUCACAUCCGUCGAAGUCCAGCCCGUACAGUUCAUCGUGCGCCGCCCGAUCUACAUCAGCGCGUUCCUACCGGCCAACACAGUCUUGAUCCUCGACGACGGACUUACACUCACAGUCACCAAUGCGCCGUUGACGCUCAUCACCGAAAUCGACAAGCUGGGCACUCUGACCUCCGAAGUGACCAGAAUCAUCGAGGGAAUCUCAUCUCUCCCCAACGCAUACGUUACGAUCACAAGAGGUGGCCAGUCGGGAACAGAGGCAAGCACCAUCACCGUGCUUCCCUCCGGCCCGGAUGGCGUUGGCACUUACCUCGUCUUCACCCCCUUUGCGCUCACUGACGCGACGACCGGAGCUGGUAUUCUGCCAACACCCACGGUCGGAAGCCCUGCGGCAACAAUCGUCGGCUCUCCCGAGGAUGCCAGUCGUCUCCUGACUGAGGCUCUGAACAGCUUGGGUAACUCUGUCCCGCCGGUAACAAACGACCCCGGCGCGACCCCGGCCAGCCCGGCUUCAGUCCCGGUGACGCUUCUGCCUACCGGAGGAGCUUUACCUGCUGCGUUCUACACCACCGUCAAUGUUGGUGGUGCUGAUGGGGUGCCUCGGAACCUGACUGUUACCUCUGGAACCGAGGGCACAGUCUUCGCGCAGACCUUUGACAGAUUCUCGGUCACCGUGACUGGUCCCGACAAUGUCAUCACCGUUCUCGGAAACGCUGGAGUCUCGCCUUCAGCCAUCACCUUGGCCGGAAACCGAGCUGCGGCGGCGGCCUCUGGAGUCAGCGGUGACGUCUUGCAGAUCAUCCAGACCCCUGGAGGCGAGGCAAACUUCCUGGAGCGACUUCUCACGACCACAGUAGGCGCUCAAGGGAUCGAGGGAACCAACACAUUCACAAUUGUUCCUACUGGAACCGGAAGCGUUGGUGCCGUAGUCGUCCAGACUCCUCUCGCAGGUUCCGCAGGCAUUUUUGCUGGACCGCUCAGGACCAUCACGGCCGGUGGAAACACCGGUUCUAAUACAGUGACAUUUACGGUUCCUCCUCAAGGAACAGACCAAACUGGCACUGUUGUCGUCCAGCCAGCGCAGAUUGCUUUCACUGGCCCCUUCACGACCAUCACCUCAGGAGGCGUCUCUGGCUCCGUGCCUCUUUCUCUGACCAUUUUGCCUUCGACAAGCCCCUCGCUGGGUACCGUCAUUGUGCAAACUCCUCUGGCUGCGAGCCCCGUCAACUUCAUCACAAGAAACGCGCUCGCCAUUGCCGGUCUCGGAGCCACCAUCACUCUGCCAUUGGGCGGUUCUUCUGCUACUGGCCCUGCAACGGUCAUCAUCGCAGCAGGUUUGGGAGGUGAUGAUCCGGCCACGACCGCGCCGGCUGCUCUGGCAGCGUCGAUUGUCACGAUCCGCGGUGCCUUCAACGGCACUACUCCCCAGACCUUGACCUUGGCCCCGGCUGGUGAUAACUCGCUUGCGACUGUUGUUGAGCAGUUGCCCGUUGGCUUCUCUACAAACAACCAGGCGAACCCUACAGCCCCGGCUGCUCCGGCUGCGACCGGUGUCAACACAGCCGGUCAACCCAACGCCCCUGUGCCAACAGCAGGACCUUCAGUCAACCCAAUUCCCAAUCAGAUUCUUCCUGCUGCCAUCACCAGCGGAUAUAGUGGUUCUGUGCCUACAACUGUCACUUUGCCGCCCUCUGGAGCUCAGACUGCCAGCCAAGUUGUCGUUCUCACCCCCUUUUCUAACAACUUGGUUGCCACCAACAUUCUCCAGCAACCGACAACCAUUACUCAAGGAGCAUCGGUUACUGUCGCGACGACCGUCACUCUCCAGCCGGGUACCAUUCAGCCAGGAGCAGCAGUUCCCACUGCUCCUACUGUUCUUGUGCUGACGCCGCUACCAUCUGGUGCUGCAGCAGCAACCCCCGUAGUCAAUCCGGCUCAGUUGACCACGGUCUCCGGAGUCAUCAACGGAGACAGCCCCCUGACUGUUACCAUUCCUCCAGCGAACUCCGUUGAUCCUGGCACUGUCGUUGUUCUUCAACCUGCUCAAACGGCCGGUGUCGUUCCUGGUGUUACUCCCGGAGUCAUUCCCGGUGUGACUCCUGGUGUCGCUCCCGAUGUUACUCCUGGUGGUGCUGCGACUCCCGGAGGUGUAGCAACUCCUGGAGCAGGCCAAGACACUGUUCUUGCUGAACCCUUCCUACCGGGGGCGUUCACGACCAUCCAGUCCGGAUUCAGCGGCGCAACUCCCACCACCUUCACCGUUCCCCCUGUUGCUCCAAACAGCAUUGGUACAGUUGUCGUCUUGACCCCUACUAACGCAGCAGGUGCCGGCCCCUCACUGCCCGCUGGUGUACCUUUCGUGACGGUCACGAGCCCCUUCGCAGGAGAGACUCCUCAGACUAAUGUAUUGCUCCCAUCUGGUACUAACCCCACAGGAACCGUUCUUGUUGAAGUCCCAGCUGCUCAGUUUACGCCACCCGCUUCAGGCAUCAGCCUGCCCGCCGGUGUGCCAUUCGUGACUGUGACAACUCCCUUUGCCGGAGAGACUCCCGAGACCAACAUCUUGCUUCCCUCUGGCACUGGCAGCGUUGGAACCGUUCUGGUUCAGGUGCCAUCUGCCCAGUUCACGCCAGCUGCGCAAGUCACAGCUCCCACCGCAGGUGUUGUCCCGACGCCGGGUGGCCCUCUGCUCCCUGGCAUCACCAUCGGAGGACAGACCAUCGUCAUCCCCGGAAUCACCAUUGGCGGCCCCAUUGCUCUGCCUACUGGUCUUGACUUAGGAUCUUUCCUCACCCUGACUCAGGCCGGGUCAGACCCAAACACCGUAGUCUUCCUUCCCACGGGUACCAACCCGGGUCUUGUUGUCAUUCAGACACCGACUGUCGCGCCGACUGCUGCUCCUGGCGCUGGUGUUUUCACAACCCUCUUCCAGGGGUACACCGGCUCAACGCCCACCACCACGACUCUGCCGCCGACGGGAACCAAUACCCUCGGCGUUGUCUUGGUUCAGACUCCCCUGGUGAACGUCCUCGAUACCACGACGGUUGGUUUUACUGGCACGGCACCCAACACGAUCACCGUGCAGCCCACUUCGGGUGGCUCUGGUAUCGUGGUUGUUGAAACUCCUUUCGUCAACCCUUUGCAAUCCACCCCGGCUGUCCCGGCUCAGAUCUUCACGAGCAUCACUCAGGGCUUCACCGGAUCUGCCCCGACUACAAUUACGCUCCAGCCUACUGGAACCAACACAGUUGGUACCGUGGUUGUUCAGACCCCCAUCUUCCCUGGAGGUGGAGUUCAGGUUACCACGCCGGCAGACCCGGCCGCAUCGGACCCGGGCGAUCCUCUCAUUGACAUCAUCGCCACCUCGACUGUCGGUCUUCCAGGCUUGCUGGCCCCGACGACGACUACGAUUUUACCAAGCGGAACCAACCCCGGCUCCGUCAUUGUUCAGACUCCGGUGUCACUUACCGGCUCUCCGGGACCUAACCAGCCUCAGUCCUUCGUCACCCUCGCGACGGGUUACACUGGAACUGUCCCUCUGGCGACCACCAUUCUGCCCGCAGGCACCAACUCGGUUGGAACUGUUCUGAUCCAGACACCUACUCAAGGUGGAGGAGGCGGCGGUGGCGGCGGCGGAGGUGGUGUCCCUACUGUUGGUGUUACCCCUGAUCCUGCUCUUACACAAGCUCUCACGACCAUCACGGCUGGAUUCUCUGGUUCCGUGCCGACCACCAUCACAUUCUCGGCCACUGGUGCUCAGACUGCUGGUAUUGUUGUCGUCCAGACUCCUACCACUGGUCCUUUCGCAUCUCCCUCCGUCCAACCGGCCGACUUCGUCACGUUCUUCACUGGAUAUACUGGAUCCGUGACUGCCAUCUCCACGAUCUUGCCUACUGGCACUGCUUCUGUUGGCACCGUCUUGAUCCAGACUCCUACUGCCGGUGCUGUUGCGACCUCACCUCCGGUUGUUCCGACUGGUUUUGUUCUCACUACCGCUGGCUACACCGGCUUGGUUCCCACAACUAUCACGAUCCAGCCGUCGGGCACCAAUCCCGGCACCGUCUUGGUUCAAACACCUACAGUCGACCCAGCGACUUUGGUUCCGACUGGAUUUGUUCUCACCACUGCUGGCUACACCGGUUCAGUCCCGACUACUAUCACGAUCCAGCCCUCUGGUACAAACCCAGGAACUGUGUUGGUCCAGACACCUACCGUCGAACCUGCAACGCUGGUUCCGACUGGAUUCGUCCUUACUACAACCGGGUACACCGGCUUAGUCCCAACCACUAUCACCAUCCAACCCUCUGGCACGAACCCAGGCACCGUCCUGGUCCAGACUCCAACUGUUCUGCCAGCCUCGGUCCCCUCAGGAUUCGUCCUCACAACGACUGGUUACACUGGUCUUGUGCCGACAACGGUGACUGUCGAACCCUCAGGAACCAACCCAGGUUCUGUCAUUGUCCAGACCCCGACUGUCAUCGUCGACCCUGCUCAGGUUCCAACCGGCUUCGUGGUAUCAACGACCGGCUACACUGGAUCUGUCCCAACCACCGUCACUAUUCAGCCGUCGGGAACCAACCCCGGCACUGUCCUCAUCCAGACACCUACAGUUGAGCCUCAGAUCAUCCCAAGUGGAUUUGUCGUAGCCACCACUGGAUAUACUGGCUCUGUGCCGACAACGGUCACCAUCCUCCCGACUGGUACCCAGUCCAUUGGAACUGUCCUGAUCCAGACUCCAACUGCUGUUGCCAGUCAGACCGGAGGCAGCGGUGCCGGUGGUGGUCCCAUCGAGCCCGUCUUCUUGAGCAGCGGCUACGCUGGAUCUGUCUCGUCAACUCUGACCUUGACUCCUUCGAACGUCGGAGACCCGACAACCUUGGUCGUGCUCACACCCAGCGACGCUGCUGGUGUCGCGCCAUCUCCAACAGUCACCGUGGAGCCAAUUCUCUUCAUUACUUUGACCAUCGGGUACCCUGGUCCUACGAUUGCCACUCUGACCUUGUUCCCCAGCAGCGGCAACCCGAUCGGAACUGUUCUGAUCCAGACCCCCUUACCGUCUGGACAGAGCAACACCAUCACAGCCACUGGUUUCACCACGCAGACUCUGCCCUUCACGGGAUCAGUGCCGACCACCAUCACUAUCCCCCCGGCUGCCACGGAUCCCAAUGGCAUCGCGACGGUCAUUGUGCAGGACCCGAUCGCUUCGUACGUCACUGUUUCAAGCGGGUACUUCGGUUCUGGUAUUGCGACGACGACUGUCGCCCCCGCAAACCCAGGAGACCCAGGCACCGUCAUCAUCCAGACACCUCUUCCGGCUUCAUUCUUCACCACCACUGUCGGAUACACUGGCUUGGUUCCUACUACGACCACACUGCUGCCGUCUGGAACCGACACCGUUGGCGCUGUCAUCAUUCAAGUCCCUACAUCUACUCUUGCGCCGACCGCCGACCCUGCCAUCUCCUACAUCACGGUGUCUACCGGGUACUCGGGAGUGGGAACUCAAACCACCACAAUCCUUCCUACGGGAACCGAAACUGUUGGCCUGGUCCUUAUCCAGACUCCCACGGCUGACGGCGGCGAUACCGCCACCGCACCUGGAGUUACUCCCACGGCCCCUGAUGUCACUGCUACCCCUGGAAUCAGCUUCAUCACGACGACUACGCUAUGGGAUUCAACGGGCACAUCCACGGAAACCACGUUCCCUACCGGCACGCAGGCUGUGGGCAACGUCAUCGUCUUUGCUCCUCGAUUUGCCAGAUUCAUCACAACGACUGUUGGCUGGACUGCAAGUGGUCUGUCCACGACCACCAGCCCUACGACAAGUGCAAGCGAGGUCAUCGGCAUGGUCAUUAUUUAUACCCCCGAACCCACUGCCGCUCCUACGUCCGCUCCCGACCCAUCCGUUGGCGCAUCCAUCACUCCCGCCGCGUCUCCGAGCGUGGAAUUUGCUACUCUUACUAGCACCUACUCAGGAUCGGUGCCCACCACAUUCACGCUCGCUCCUAGCGGCACUGACACCGUGGGUACUCUUGUGGUCUUGGUGCCAAGCUCCACGGCAAGCCCUGAUGCAUCUGGAGGAGAUCCUGUCUUUGCGACUCUUACGAGCACGUACGCAGGCUCCAUUCUUUCAACUUCAACGAUUGUGCCGACGGGAACCAACUCCCAGGGCACUCUUGUUGUCCUGGUUCCGAGUAGCGCUGCCUCUCCCGGUGCUACUGGCUCACCUGGAGCAUUGUUCGAGACCAUUACGUCUACCUAUGGAGGUUCCAUCACCUCCAUCGAGACUCAGCUGCCUUCCGGCUCCGAUCCAACCGGAACUGUCAUUGUCUACGUUCCGAGCGAUGUCUUGGCUUCGCCGACAAUCACACCUGGCCCUGCCUUGACUACUGUCACCUCCGCUUACCCCGGAUCCGUCAUCUCGACUGCCAUUGCUUCACCCGCCAACCCUGGCGACCCAGGCACUGUCAUUGUCUACAUCCCGACGAGCGUGUAUUCAGACACAGGUGCCUUUACAACUGUGCUUUCGACCUACACCGGCUUGGUACCUGCGACGACGACUGUUCUCCCCGCCAACAUCAAUGACCCGGCUACCGUCAUUGUGCUUAUUCCGAGCGCGACCCCCACAGUCAGCGUCCCGGAGGCCACCAGCGGUGGUUCUGGUGGCGGUGCUGGACUUCCCGCACUCUCUACAAGCCUUUACGAUGGAUCGGUGACUCUGACUACAACUAUUCCGGGAGUAUCAGGUCUCCCAGACCAGACCCUGGUACUUGUUCCCAGCAUUACACCCACGGCGACCUUGCCGGGCGGUGGCGCUGGUGGUCUGCCAGGACUUAUCACCAGCCUUUACGAUGGUUCCAUCACCCUCACGACUACCAUUCCCGGGGUUUCAGGAGCUCCUGACGAGACCCUAGUUCUCAUUCCCAGCAUCACGCCUACGGCGACUUUGCCGGAUGAUGGUGCUAGUGUCUUGCCUAAUUUAAUCACCAGUCUGUACGAUGGCUCCGUCACUCUUACAACUACGCUGCCUGGAGUCUCGGGUCUCCCAGACCAAACUGUGAUCCUUAUCCCAAGUAUCACGCCGACGGUGAGCCUUCCGGGUGGCGGAGCUGGUGGAGUUCCAGGCUUGGUGACCAGUUUCUACGAUGGCUCGGUUACUCUCACCACUAUCAUCCCUGGAGUGACGGGUCUUCCUGAUGAGACUCUUGUCCUCAUCCCGAGUGUCACGCCGACUGCCAGCCUCCCUGACGACGGGGCCAGUGAAUUGCCUGCUCUCAUCACUAGUUUCUAUGAUGGCUCAGUCACACUGACUACCACGAUACCUGGUGUCUCCGGUCUUCCAGAGACUGUCGUCCUCAUCCCGAGUGUUACACCAGCGGCAAGCAUCCCGGGAUUAUCUACCAGCUUUUACGACGGUUCGGUCACCCUUACGACCACAAUCCCUGGCGUGUCUGGUCUUCCUGACCAGACUCUUGUCUUGGUGCCAAGCAUCACGGCCGACCCAGCUGCUACUGGCGGCGCCGGAGGCUUGCCUGCGCUGGCCACCAGUUCCUAUGAUGGUUCGGUUACCCUUACCACCACAAUCCCUGGCGUGUCAGGAUUGCCCGACCAGACCCUCGUUCUUGUUCCUGGCGUUACGCCCCAGCCAUCUCUACCGGGCACGACUCUGGCCCCUGGAGUAUACACGAGCACUUACGAUGGAUCAAUCACGUUCGCUUUGACGAUUCCUCCCUAUACUAUUGGAUUACCUGGCGCGACUAUCAUCUUCGUUCCUAGCCUUCCAGGUUUGCCCACAGCGACACCUACGGCUUUGGGUCAAGGGCUCGUGACCAGCUUGUACGAUGGUUCCAUUACUUUCACCUCGACUCUUCCUGGUGUUUCUGGCCUGCCCGAUGAAACUGUCGUUUUCAUUCCAAGUACCCCAGGUCUCCCUACAUCGCUUCCAACAGCCUUGAGCCAGGGCUUGGUGACGAGCUUCUACGAUGGUUCUGUCACUUUGACAUCAACGAUUCCUGGUGUCUCGGGUCAGCCAGAUGAGACUAUCGUCUUCGUCCCUACCAUCACAGGCCAGCCAACAGCAGCCCCAACAGGUCCAAUCACCAGUUUCUAUGAUGGCUCCGUCACCUUUACGUCCACAAUUCUGGUCGCAUCCGGUCUGCCUGAUGAUACCAUUGUUUACGUCCCAAGUGCUGGAGCUCUUCCCAGCUCUGACUUGGGGGGUCUUCCCACAUCUGCGCCUACCGCUCUCGAGGCGGGCUUAUACACAAGCACGUACGGCGGCUCCAUUACUUUCACUUCGACUCUGCCCGAAGUUUCUGGACUGCCUGGAGCGACCAUUAUCUUUGUUCCUAGCAUUACGGCUCCAGCAGUGCCCUCGGUUACGCCUGGCGGCUUAGUGACAAGUCUCUAUGAUGGCUCGAUUACCUUCACAUCUACCAUCCCUGGCGUAUCUGGUUUGCCCGAUGAGACUGUCGUGUUCCUUCCGACCGUCACUAGCCCCGUGGACCCUACCAGCGCGGCUGGAAGUGUUGGAGGUUUGGUCACGAGCCUCUACGACGGCUCAAUCACCUUCACCUCAACCAUUCCUGGUGUCUCUGGCCUACCAGACGAUACGAUCAUCUUCCUACCGUCCCUUACGGCUCCAGCCGUUCCUACCAGUGUUGCUGGAGGCUUGGUUACGAGUUUCUAUGAUGGUUCAAUCACUUUGACUACCACCAUUCCGGGCACUUCUGGAUUCCCAGAUGAGACUCUUGUGCUUGUACCUUCGAUUACGGACCCUGCCCUCGGAGCAGUGCUCACCAGCUUGUACGAUGGGUCGAUUACGCUUACAACCACUCUUCCUGGCGUAUCUGGCUUGCCAGAUCAAACCGUCGUCUUAGUCCCUUCGAUUACAGCUCCGGCUGUCCCGACAAGUGCUAUCGGCGGACUAGUCACUAGCUUGUACGAUGGGUCGAUUACCCUUACGACUACUAUCCCCGGAGCCUCUGGCCUGCCAGACCAGACUGUUGUGCUGGUGCCUUCAAUAACCGACCCUGCCCUCCACACGAGUGCAGUCGGCGGAUUGGCGACGAGCCUGUACGACGGAUCGGUCACACUCACAACGACGAUCCCAGGGGUUUCUGGCUUGCCAGACCAAACCCUUGUCCUCAUCCCCAGUGUCACUGGCGCGCCGGCUUUGCCCAAUCUCUUUACAAGCACCUAUGACGGCUCCAUCACUUUCACGUCCACGGUUCCGGGUGUUUCGGGCCUGCCGGACGACACCAUUGUGUUCGUCCCUGGCAUUACCGCUGCUCCAUCAUUGCCCAAUCUCCUCACCAGUACUUAUGGCGGUUCUGUCACCCUCACAUCCGUCAUUCCAGGAGCUUCGGGCGCGCCAGAUGAGACCAUUGUGCUGGUUCCUGAUCUGACCGAUUCGCUGGCGUUACCAAACAUUCUCACAAGCACUUAUGAUGGAUCUAUUACUGUCACAUCCGUGAUUCCUGGUGUCACUGGGUUGCCUGAUGAGACGAUCGUCCUCGUACCUAGUGCUGUGCCGAGUCUGCCAGCUGGUGGCCUUCUUACCAGCACUUACGACGGCUCUAUCACGCUCACUUCUGUCAUCCCUGGAGUCACCGGUCUGCCUGACGAAACGAUCAUCCUAGUGCCGAGCGCGACCCCUACGCUAGGUGGUCUUAUCACCAGCACCUACGACGGCUCUGUCACCCUUACCUCUGUCAUUCCAGGUGCUUCAGGCCUCCCAGAUCAGACAGUCAUUCUUGUACCCAGUGUCGAUCCAACUUUGCCGGCUGGCGGCUUGCUCACAAGCACUUACGGAGGCUCAGUCAUCUCGACAACUACACUCCCCGUUGGAACCGAUGGUCUGCCUGGAGCCACCGUUGUCCUGGUCCCCAGCAUCACGGGGGCCCCAGCACUCCCGAAUGUUUUCACCAGUCUUUACGAUGGACAGAGUACUUUCACUUCCAUCCUACCUGCAGGAACUGCUGGCGACCCUGGAGCGACGAUCAUCUUCAUCCCUCGCCCAACAACCGUUGUGUCAGCUGGCGGUCUUUUCACAAGCACUUACGACGGCUCAGUCAUUUCAACCACGACACUGCCGGCUGGAACUGACGGCCUUCCUGGUGCCACGAUUGUUCUUGUUCCCGGCAUUACGGCGACACCGGCGCCCCCUAAUAUCCUUACGAGCACUUACGAUGGCUCAGUUGAGAUCACCUCGACAAUUCUCAACAGCGCAGGUGAUCCUAUCGAGACCUUGGUUCUCGUCCCAAGCUCAAUCGGUUUGCCUACUGCUGUUCCUACUUUGCCUACAAGCACUUACGACGGCUCUGUCACCGUAACCUCGACAAUCCUGGACCCGUCUGGCAACCCUGUUCUUACUGCAAUCUUCGUCCCAGGCUCAACUGCCUUGCCCGCAUUGCCAACAAGCUUCUAUGAUGGAUCCGUAACCUUAACGUCGACAAUUCUGGAUCCUUCCGGAAACCCCGUCGAGACCGCUGUGUUCGUCCCAAGUAUCACGGGUGUUCCUCAACUGCCGACCAGCCUCUACGAUGGCUCGAUCACAUUGACAUCAACAAUCUUGGACGCCUCCGGAAACCCAGUUGAGACGGCCGUCUUUGUUCCCAGCGUCACUGGCAUUCCCCAAUUGCCAACAAGUCUGUACGAUGGGUCCGUCACCGUCACAUCGACCAUUCUCGAUGCUUCAGGCAACCCUAUUCAAACUGCAGUCUUCGUGCCAAGCAUUACCGGUCUUCCUACCGCUUUGCCCACGAGCCUUUACGACGGGUCAAUUACGGUGACAUCAACUAUACUCGAUGCCUCGGGUAACCCUGUCCAAACCGCGAUCUUCGUGCCGAGCGGUGUGCCUAGCGUUACUGGCCUUCCUGGUGUCCUCCCAACCAGUCUUUAUGACGGGUCGAUCACUGUCACGUCAACUAUCCUCGAUGCUUCUGGUAACCCAGUUGAAACGGCUGUAUUUGUACCAAGCAUCACCGGUCUACCCGAUGUUUUGCCAACAAGUCUAUAUGACGGGUCUGUUACGCUUACAUCCACCAUUCUUGAUGCUUCCGGAAACCCUGUUCAAACGGCUGUGUUCGUGCCAAGUGUCACUGGUCUACCGGGUGUCCUGCCAACGAGUCUUUACGAUGGAUCUAUCACGCUUACAUCGACCAUUCUUGACGCGUCGGGUAACCCGAUUCAAACGGCUGUCUUCGUUCCAAGCAUCACCGGAUUGCCUAGUGCACCUGGCGCAUUGCCGACCAGCCUUUACGAUGGAUCGGUGACGUUGACGUCUACUAUUUUGGACGCGUCCGGAAACCCAAUCCAGACUGCCGUGUUUGUGCCAAGCAACACUGGCCUUCCAGGUGCCCUGCCAACCAGCUUCUACGAUGGUUCGGUGACUCUAACUUCCACAAUUCUUGACGCGUCUGGAAACCCAGUUGAAACUGCGGUCUUCGUGCCGUCUAUCACUGGCUUGCCGAACGUUCUUCCGACCAGCUUCUAUGACGGAUCUGUGACGUUGACGUCGACGAUCUUGGACCCUUCAGGCAACCCAAUCCAGACUGCCGUAUUUGUUCCGACGAUCACGGGCCUGCCCGACGUGCUCCCAACAAGCUUCCAUGAUGGAUCUGUUACUCUUACUUCCACCAUCUUGGACGCAUCUGGCAACCCGAUUCAGACCGCGGUUUUCAUCCCGACAGUCACUGGCUUGUCCAACGUGCUUCCCACUAGCACAUACGAUGGAUCUGUUACCUUGACCUCCACUAUCCUGGAUCCUUCUGGUAACCCCGUCUUGACGGCAAUUUUCGUUCCCGGAUCGACUGCACUACCCAGCCUGGAUCUUCCCACCAGCACCUAUGAUGGCUCUGUCACUCUGACUUCAACCAUCCUGGAUGCGUCUGGAAAUCCUAUCCAGACGGCUAUCUUUGUGCCCGGUGUGUCUAACUUGCUGGCCACCGGUCUACCAACGAGUACAUAUGAUGGCUCAGUCACACUGACUUCAACUAUUGUGGAUGCUUCAGGCAACCCUGUUGAGACCGCAGUAUUUGUACCAGGCCUUACGAGCUUGGCAAACAACGGGCUUCCUACCAGCACGUACGAUGGCUCUGUCACGUUAACAUCAACGAUCUUGGAUGCCUCUGGAAACCCCAUCCAGACUGCUGUCUUUGUGCCAGGAGCUACCAGCUUGCCAAACAUUGGUCUUCCCACGAGCACUUACGAUGGAUCCAUCACAUUGACAUCGACAAUUUUGGACCCAUCUGGAAACCCCAUUCAAACGGCAAUCUUCGUGCCGGGGUCUUCCGCUCUCCCGGAUCCUGGAGUGUUGACAAGCGGCUACGAUGGUUCUGUGACGUUGACCUCAACCAUCUUGGAUGCCUCGGGCGAUCCUGUGCAGACCGUCGUUCUCGUGCCGACUGCCACUGGCCUUCAAGGUGGUGGACUUCUUACCAGCACUUACGACGGAUCGAUCAUCUCAACAACCACACUUCCCGUUGGUACCGAUGGCUUGCCUGGCGCGACUGUCGUUCUUGUACCCAGCCCAACUGUUCCCGCACUGGAUGUCUUGACAAGCACAUACCCUGGCUCUGUGACCCUGACAACGACCGUUCCGUUUGGGCCGCCUGGCUCUUCUGCAGUCAUCGUUUUGGUUCCAAGUGCUACUACGGCCCUCGGAGAUAUCCUCACCACCACGUACGGCGGAUCAGUCACUCUCAUCAGCACAUUCCCUGCUGGCCCGAAUGGCGAGGCUCCGUCUACUGUCGUCUAUGUUCCGGGCAUCACCGACGCCCUGCCAAACUUGCUCACAAGCACGUAUGAUGGCUCGAUUACCUUCACCUCCACGCUCCCAGGGGGUCCCUCUGGUGAGCCUGGUGCCACUGUCAUCUUCGUUCCCGGCAUUACUGGCGUCCCCUCUGCUCCCACCAGAAGCAUCUCGUUCGCGACCAUCACAAGCGCAUACACUGGUGCUCUUCCCUCCGCCACCACGGUCUUCCCGACCGGUGACAACGAUGAAGGUACCAUUAUCAUUCUCGAGCCAGCCUCAUCAGGAGCUGGUGGUGACCCGGCGCUGUUCGUCACGCUUACGAGUGGCUACUCCGGUCUCGUGCCAUCUGCGACAACCAUCCUGCCUACUGGCACCGAGACACUUGGCCAAGUCAUCAUUUUGGUGCCCACUGCCACGGACGGAAGCACUCCCACCUUCAACUUUGCCACUAUCACCAGCGGAUACACCGGUCUGGUACCGUCUGCCACCACCAUCUUCCCUACCGGAACCGACACCGACGGGACGGUUAUCAUUCUUGAGCCGACGGCCACUCAACCGCUUGUAUUCACAACCAUCACUAGCCCUGGUGUUGGAUCCGUUACGUCGACUACAACAAUCUUGCCGACUGUCACUGGCGAUCCCGGCAUUGUCGUCAUUUUCGACCCGGAUCUCCUUGUUACAACCUCGGACCUCCCAUCCUACACCACGGUCAUCAGCACGUACGAUGGAUCGUCUCUCACAACUUCUACCUUGGCACCUGCAGGAACUGACACUAUUGGAACUGUUGUGGUUCUCGUACCAAGCGCAAGCGUCUCCAUCCCCGGAGUCUCUUCCUAUGUCACUCUCACCAGCACUUACAGUGGCUUGGAGCCCCUUCUUUCGACUUUGGCACCUUCUGGCACCGACGCUGUUGGCACCAUCAUCUUCUACGAGCCCAUCGCCACUCCAACGGCUGAUUUCACAACAAUCAUCAGCACUUAUGAUGGGUCUGCCGUGGCCACGUCGACGAUUGCUCCGGCCAAUCCUGGCGAUAUCGGCACGGUCAUCAUCCUUCAGCCUGCUUCCCUCAUCAGCACCCCUGUCCUGUCCGUCACAGCCGUCUUUACUACCAUCACCACCACAUACGAUGGCAGUAUCAUUCAGACCACGACGGCCUUGCCUACAGGAACUGGCCUCGGUGAAAUUGGCACUGUCAUUGUCCAAGUUCCAAGCGCGCUGGCCAAUGCCUUUACUACUGUCACCAGCGUCUACGACGGUUCGGUCACCUUGACCACGACUCUCCUGCCUGAUGCGACUGACCCUGCCGGUCUUGGCACGGUUAUUGUGCAGGUGCCUACUCAGCUUCCAUUGAGCACUGGCAGCUUGGGUGAGUUGUUCACGACAGUAACAUCGACGUACGCCGGUUCGAUUACUCUUACAUCCACAGCACUCCCUGAUCCUGCAGACCCCACUGGCAUUAGAACAGUUAUCGUCCAAGUUCCCGAUCAAGCGGCAACAAGCACUGAUGCUUUGGGCAACAUCUUCACCACGAUUACAUCCACGUACGCUGGAUCUGUUACCCUUACAUCAACAGCUCUUCCAGACAUUGCAGACCCGACCGGCAUCAGGACCGUCAUUGUGCAAGUUCCUGGCGAUCAAGCCACAUCGACAGACAUUUUGGGCGAUCUUUUCACCACCGUGACGUCGACAUACGCUGGCUCCGUGACUCUCACUUCUACGGCCCUGCCUGACGUUGCGGACCCAAGUGGCAUCCGAACAGUCAUCAUACAGGUUCCAGGCGACUUGGCGUCUUCCGCGACUGAUCCUCUUGCCGCUUCGUUCACAACCAUUUUCAGCACGUACCCUGGCUCAGUUACCUUGACAACUACUUUGCCGCCUGCUGCAACCGACCCAUCUGGUCUCGGCACUGUCAUUGUCCAGCUUCCGGAUAUCCUCGCCACGUCUACGGGGGAUGCCCUGCCAACAUCAACAGACGGUGUUUUGCCUGCGUCUUUCACCACAAUAUUCAGCACGUACGACGGCUCCAUUCCGCUCACCACGACCCUGCCACCAGACGUUACCGACCUAUCUGGUCUUGGAACUGUCAUCGUUCAAAUCCCCGCGAGUGCUACUUCCGAUCCUUUGGCUGCUUCUUAUACUACCAUCACCAGCGGCUACACUGGUUUGGUCCCUCAGACCACCACCUUGGCGCCCGCGAAUCCUGGAGAUCUUGGAACAGUCGUCGUACAAGUCCCCAGCGCUACUGUCGAUCCCGGAGUCUUCCUUACCACCGUCACAAGUGGCUAUGAUGGCUCAAUUACUCAACUCACCACUCUGCCCGUUGCAACUAUUGAUGGUUCGACGAUUCAAACUGUGAUCGCACAGGUUCCUACCCUUGUGCCGACCGACUCGAUUGAUCUUGAUGAUCUCCUCGUCACUUUGACAAAUGGCUAUGACGGUUCUGUGACCUUGACAACAACAUUGCCUGCGGUUACCAUUGAUGGAUCGACAAUCCGGUCUGUUAUUGUUCAAGUGCCGACUCAGACAGCUCUGCCUGGUGUUUUCCUCACCACUCUUACAAGUGGCUACGAUGGCUCAGUUACGCAGACAACCACCUUGCCUGUUGCUACUGUUGGAGGUCUUCCCAUCCAGACCGUGGUUGUGCAGGUCCCUACUGCCACAGUCUCCGACGGAAUCCAGUUCACCACUAUCACCAGUGGUUACGACGGACUUCUUACCCAGACGACGAGCCUUCCCAUUGGUACAGUCGGCGGCGUUCCGGUCCAGACAGUCGUUGUCCAAGUUCCUACCUCUACGGAUCCUCUUGGCGCUCUGUACACAACUCUCACAAGCGCUUAUCCCGGUUCGGUCACCCUGACCACCACUCUCGCUCCGGCUGGUACAGGUAUUUCUGAGUUGGGUACUAUUGUCGUCCAGGUGCCGUCCAAUGUUCUCUCUGGCGCGACCCAGUACACUACUCUUACCAGUGGAUACGACGGUUCUCUACUGCUUACGCAGACUGGAUUCACCACCGGCGCAGAUGGUCUCGCUACUGUUAUCGUUUUGCAGCCAACUGGAACACUUACAGUUCUCCCGUCCAACAGUGCAAGCGCUACUGAAUCUGGCGACCCUGCUUUAUUCAUUACGAUCACAACUGGAUAUCCAGGCUCGGUCAUCGCUACCCAAACUGACUCGGUCACUGGCCCUGAUGGUCUCGUCACUGUCGUCGUCCAGACUCCCACGAUCACCGCUCUGCCUAGUCUUGACUACACCACCAUCACGAGCGGAUAUGACGGCUCGGUCCUGCAAACCCUUAUUGGAUCAGCCACGGGUGCAGACGGUCUUGCUACCGUCAUUGUGCAGGUUCCUACUGGAUCUAUCACAGUCGCACCGGCGACGUCAGGAACUAGCGUGCCCGGCAUCUCGUACACCACUGUCACUGAGACUUACGAUGGCUCGUUCCUCCAGACGCUCAUCGGCUCAAUCCUUGGUCUUGAUGGUCUCGCAACGGUUCUUGUGCAAGUUCCUAAAAUCAGUAUCGAUAUCUCGAUCUCUCUUGGCUUGCCUUCCCUCGGACCGGGUGCCACUCCCCCGAUUACCGUCGAUCCUUCGGCUACUACCAGUGUCCCUGGCUUAUCAUACACCACCGUCACAAGUGGUUACGAUGGCUCAAUCGUCCAGACCCAGCUCGGAUCCGUCACCGGUAUCGAUGGACUCGCCACUGCUGUCGUUCUGGUACCCAGCACCGCGGCCACUCUGCCGACUUCGGUUACUGAGAACAUCAUUUCGUACAUCACGGUUACGACUGGCUACGAUGGUUCUAUCACUUUGUUCCAGACUAUUGCACCCGCAGCUUCUGGCCUUCCUGGCACCGUCCUCGCCCAGAUCCCCACUGCGGCAGGGCCCAUCACGGCGCCGAUAAUCACCACGCCUUCACUUACCGGCUCAGGCGGAACUGUCACGGUCACAUCGUUCGACCCGAGCAUGACUGGUUCUGCUUUCAUCACAACGACGUUGUCGCCCUCUCGUCUCAGUGACCCAGUCACGGUGCUCGUCGCGGUUCCUCGGCGACUCUUCUUGGUCACAACCUCGAUCCCAGGCCUGUCAUCUGUGCGUACGUCAACAAUGUCCAUCGGUCUCGACGGCAUUCAGACCGUCAUGGUACAGGUUCCAGCUCUCUCGACUCCCACAGCGCUGUCAACGCCUACAAUUGGCGCGAUCACCACCGUCACCACUCCUUAUGCAGGCUCGGUUACUUUGAUCCAGACCCAGACUCCAGUCAACAUUGGCGACCCAACUACCGUGCUUGUUCAAGUUCCAGAGGCGCUGUUCGAGAUCACCUCAACGCGCUUUGGAGCAACUUCUGCAGGAACGACCACGGUAUCGCCAAUUGGCACUGGUGUUCUCACAGUCAUCAUCGAUAUUCCGGGAGCCUUCUCUACCAUCACAAGCGGAUACUCCGGUCUCAUUCCGUCUACCACCACGAUCUUGCCCACUGGUCUUGAUGACAUUGGUCUUGUCAUCAUCCAGACGCCGAAUGCCGACGUCAGCUCAAUUGGAGGCACCGUCUUCAGUACCGCUCCUGGUACUGGUCUUAUUCCGACUACCACCACGGUUACCGGUACUGAUGGUAUCGUGUCUGUGAUUGUCGAGACUCCCACGAUUGGCGUGACUUCUGGAGGCACCGUCUUCACCACCGUUCCGGGAACUGGCCUUCUUCCGACGGCCACCACCGUUACUGGUGCAGAUGGAAUUGUGUCUGUCAUUUUCGAGACUCCCACUGUCUCGGCGACCGCCAUUCCCACUACCGUCUUCACCACGGUACCCGGAACUGGAUUUCUUCCUACAGCAACUACAGUCACUGGCGCCGAUGGUGUUGUCUCUAUCAUCUUCCAGACUCCCACGACCUCGGGCGAGCUGCCCACGGUCUUUACCACGAUCCCUGGAACUGGUGCUCUCCCUGCAACACUCACAGUCACCGGAACCGAUGGACUGGUCUCAGUCAUUUUCGAGGCACCCACAGUCACUUCAGGAGGUCUUCCCACGACCAUCUUCACCACCGUUCCUGGCACCGGUCUGCUUCCCGAGGCCACGACUGUUACGGGCGCAGAUGGCAUCGUUUCGGUCAUCUUCCAAACACCCACAACGGCUGCACCAGGCGCACCGACUACCGUCUUUACCACGGCACCUGGCACUGGUCUCUUGCCCGCGACCACCACGGUCACCGGCGCUGACGGCAUCGUCUCCGUCAUCUUCCUCGACCCUGACACCUCUGGUGAGCCUACAAUCACGCCAACCGCGGCCACCACCGUCUUCACCACCAUCCCAGGCACUGGAGUCCUCCCCGCCACCAACAUUGUUACCGGUCCCGAUGGAGUGGUCUCGGUCAUUGUCUCCGAGGCCACGGCCACAAGCAUCUCUGGAGUUUCAUACACCACUAUUACCACGGGAGGCCCGGCUUUGGCUACAAGAACCAUCCUGCCAUCCGUUCUUGGUGAUUUGGCAACCGUUAUUGUCGAGACUCCCACUUUGGGUGCCAGUCCUGGUGCUUUCAUCACGGUCACCUCAGCUGGCCCCGUCCCGACUACUUUCACCCUCCUCCCGGCUUCUCUGGGCGAAACCGGUACUGUUGUGAUUGUUCCGACCACAUCCUCGGACCUGGCUGUCGACCCGGCUCUGUCAUUCACCACAGUCUUCUCGGCCGGCCCAGUCCCUACGACUCUUACAAUUUUGCCAGCUAUUUCUGGAGACCUCGGCACUAUCAUCGUGGUCCCGACAGCAUCUUCAGACCUUCCCAUUGAUCCGGCACUUUCACUCACUACUGUGUUCUCUGCUGGUCCUAUCCCGACAACCUUCACCCUCCCCCCUGCAGUCAGCGGACUGCCAGGCACGGUUGUGAUCGUUCCUUCAGUAACCUCUUCGGACUUGCUUGUCGACCCUGCUCUCGAAUACACCACUGUGUUCUCUGCUGGCCCCAUCCCGACGACCUUCACUCUUGCUCCAGCAUCCAGUGGGUUGCCAGGCACAGUCGUGGUCGUCCCCUCGACGACUUCUUCGGACCUGCUCGUCGACCCGGCUCUCGAGUACACCACCGUAUUCUCCGCUGGUCCCGUUCCCACCACCUACACCCUACCUCCGGCAGUCAGCGGUCUUCCUGGCACGGUGGUUGUUGUUCCAUCAGCAACCUCGUCAGAUUUGCUCGUUGACCCCGCCCUGCAAUUCACCACCUUCUUCUCUGCGGGUCCUGUUCCGACGACUUUCACAAUCACUCCGGCUGUCAGCGGCUCUCUUGGCACAGUUGUCAUUGUGCCGUCAGCAACUUCUUCGGACUUGCUCAUCGACCCCGCCAUCCAAUAUACGACCGUCAUCUCUGCGGGUCCUAUUCCUACGACUUACACAAUCCUUCCCGCAGCAAGUGGUCUCCCUGGUACAAUUGUCGUUGUUCCUACAACUUCAUCCGAUCUGUCGAUCGACCCCGCCCUCUCACUUACAACGGUUUUCUCUGCGGGUCCAAUCCCGACGACCUACACCCUUCCUCCAGCAGCAAGUGGUCUUCCAGGAACCGUCGUUGUGGUCCCGACCGCUUCGUCCGAUCUGCCUAUCGACCCGGCAUUGUCGUACACAACCGUCUUUUCUGCCGGUCCCAUUCCCACGACGUUCACUCUGCCGCCCCUGUCAAGCGGUCUUCCUGGUACUGUGGUGGUGGUUACGUCCGCCACCUCGGGUUUGCCAAUCGACCCUGCGCUGUCAUACACAACAAUCUUCUCCGCUGGUCCUAUCCCAACCACCCUCACGAUUCCGCCUGCGGCGAGCGGCCUUCCAGGCACCGUCAUUAUCCAGUCUCCUGGCGUCUUCUUCGACACGAUUACAUCGACGUACGAUGGGACCGCUCCCGCCUUGUCGACUGUCUUCCCUACUGCGGCUGGUGAAACCGGUACCGUUAUCGUCCUUGUGCCUUCCGGCCUUGUACCUUCUGCCACGGUGCCGUUGACGACACCGACUCUCACCCGCAGCCAGGUAACGAUCACCUCUCUCUACACUGGCAGGAUUCGCUUCAGCACCACCAUUGGCGUCAGCAUCCAAGGAGACCCAACUCUUCCCGACACGGUCGUUGUGUACGUCCCCUUCACCGAGGGUGUAUCUGCGACACCGACAGCAACCCCUGGUGCAGUCACGACGAUUUUCACCGGAAUCCCCGGAACGUUCGCGGGACCUCAGACUACCACUCUACCAGUCGGCGCAGAUGGUGUGGAAACAGUCCUCAUCCAGACUGCUAUUCCUGCGCUCACUCCCACUGCUACUGGUCUCACCACAAUCUUCACUGGCAUCCCGGGAACUUUCGUAGGCCCCGUCACCACAACAUUGCCUGCUGGCCCCGACGGCAUCCAGACAGUUCUUAUUCAGACUGCUCUUCCUGGUGUCACUCCUACCGUCACUGGUCUCACUACGAUUUUCACUGGCGUUCCGGGAACUUUCGUGGGUCCUAUCACCACGACACUGCCCGCUGGACUUGAUGGUAUCGAAACGGUACUCAUUCAGACUGCCCUUUCCGGCGUUGUUCCGACUGCCACUGGGCUUACCACACUCUUCACCGGCAUUCCAGGAACUUUCGUGGGAAGCUUGACGACAACGCUUCCGGCCGGCCUUGAUGGCAUUGAAACAGUAUUGAUCCAAACUGCUUUGCCUAGCAUUACGCCGACCGCUACUGCCGUCACGACCGUUUUCACUGGUAUUCCCGGAACAUUCUUGGGUUCCCUGACGACGACGCUUCCCGCCGGCCCUGAUGGUAUCGAAACCGUUCUCAUCCAGACUGCGUUAUCAGGAGUCGUCCUGAGCGCGACCGCUGCCACGACAAUCUUCACGGGUGUUCCUGGCACCUUCUUGGGUUCUGUGACAACCACUCUACCUGCUGGACUUGAUGGUAUCGAGACCGUUCUCAUCCAAACAGCUCUUCCAACGGUAGGCCCUACAGCUAGCCCGACCGCCGGCCCGACCGCAGUUACUACGGUAUUUACGGGUAUCCCAGGAACCUUCAUAGGAUCCCUGACAACCACUUUACCCGCCGGCCCAGAUGGUAUCGAAACUGUUCUGAUCCAGACCGCGUUGACUGCUAUCCCAAGCGCAACUGGCCUGACGACGGUCUUCACCGGUAUCCCUGGCACUUUCAUCGGUCCUGUGACAACAACCUUGCCCGCUGGCCCUGAUGGAAUCGAGACGGUCCUCAUUCAGACUGCUCUUAGCGCUAUCCCGACAGCUACUGGUUUGACAACGAUCUUCACGGGCAUUCCUGGCACGUUGGGUCCUCUCACGACCACACUCCCGGCUGGUCUUGACGGCAUUGAGACCGUUCUCAUCCAAACUGCUUUGAGUGCUAUUCAGACCGCUACUGGCCUUACCACCGUGUUCACUGGAAUCCCAGGCACUUUUGUUGGACCCGUCACAACAACUCUUCCGGUCGGUCCAAAUGGUAUCGAGACGGUGCUUAUCCAGACUGCUCUGCCUACAGCAAGCCCGACCGCAGUUACUACCAUAUUUACUGGUAUUCCCGGAACAUUUUUGGGCUCUUUGACAUCUACUCUGCCCGCCGGUCUUGACGGCAUUGAGACGGUACUCAUCCAGACCGCCCUGCCUACGGCUACCGCUGGCGCGAUUACCACAAUCUUCACCGCCGUUCCUGGAAGUUUCUCUGGGGUCCGCACUACAACGCUGCCAGUCGGUCUCGAUGGUAUCGAGACUGUCCUUAUUGAGAGUGCCUUGUCAACCGCUCCCCCGAGUGUCACUGUCACGUACACGACCAUCUUCUCGGGCAUCGUUGGCACGUUUGCUGGACCUCAAACGUCCACACUCCCCGCCGGACCUGAUGGUAUCGCAACUGUCAUUAUUGCUUCUGCAAUCCCGUCUGAGAGCAUUCGCUUCACCACGAUCCUCACAGGUCUCCCAGGAACAUUUACCGGCACUCAGGUCACCACCUUGCCGGUCGGAACCGACGGCAUUGCGACUGUGUUGUUGCAAACUGCUCUGCCGACAGUUUCUCCCGUGUCAUACACGACUGUGCUCACUGGCAUCCCAGGAACAUUCCUCGGUACCCAAGCUACUACAUUGCCAGCGGGCACAAACGGAAUUGCUACCGUGUUGCUUCAAACUGUCUUGCCCACUAUCGCACCUGUUUCCUACACAACUCUGUUCUCGGGUGUGCCUGGUACCUUCGCGGGCACCGUGGCCACGACGCUCCCUACCGGCACGGACGGCAUCGCAACUGUCAUCUUCCAGACUGCCAUCCCCACGCCCACAGUCUCGUCGCCAGGAGUUUCAUAUACUACGAUCUUCUCGGGCUUGCCAGGUACAUUCAUCGGCACUUUGGCAACCACCCUGCCCGUGGGAAGCGACGGCAUCGCCACAGUUAUCUUCCAAACUGCUCUCCCUACGCCUACAAGUACCCCUGGUGCUUCGUACACGACUAUUCUGACUGGUGUACCGGGAACCUUUAUUGGUACUCUGUCAACCACUUUGCCUGCUGGCCCUGAUGGUCUUGGUACUGUUCUCUUGCAAACUGCUCUGCCGAUUGCAACCUCAACUCCUCCUGGACUGCAGUAUACCACGAUUCUUACUGGUGUUCCGGGAACGUUUGCUGGAACCCAAACCAACACUUUGCCGUUGAUUUCCGGUGCCACGAUCGGAACGGUUCUUUUGGAGACCGCCGUUCCCACCGCCAGCCCGAUCGAAUACACGACGCUGCUUACUGGCGUUCCGGGUACUUUCAUCGGAACCCAGACAACCACGCUCCCGAUCAUCAGCGGCACUGUUGGCACAGUCCUGAUUCAGACUGCUCUGCCUACCGCUCAAAGCAUUGAUAUUACGUACGUCACCGUCAUCACCGGCGUCCUGGGCACAUUCCCUGGAACCCGCGCUUCGACGGCCCAGCCUACUGGAACCCAGCGAACCGGGACCGUCUUCUUGGAGACCGCGAUUCCUGCAAUCACGUCGAAUGCGGCUUCGUACGUCACAAUCGUCACUGGAAUACCGGCAACCUUUACUGGUACCCAGACCCGAACCUUGUCUGGUAUUGGAGCCGAUGGCCUCGGCACUGUUCUCUUGGAGACCGCGCUGCCCAUCACAAGCCCAAUCUCCUACACAACCAUCUUCUCUGGCAUUCCUGGAACGUUUAUCGGUACACAGGCUCUUACUCUGGCUCCUGGUACUGAUGGAUUAGGUACCGUUGUCUUACAGACAGCCAUUCCCUCGGCCCCUGUUCAAUCGUUCACAACCAUCUUCUCCGGUAUCCCGGGUACGUUCCUUGGAACUCAAACUCGUACUAUAUCUGGUACUGGCGCAGAUGGCCUCGGAACGGUUGUGUUGGAGACGGCGUUGCCAACGGCACUCGCUCAGUCCUACACGACCAUCUUUUCUGGCGUUCCGGGCACCUUUGUCGGCACUUCAACGCUUACCCUCCCGGGCACUGGCACGAACGGCCUCGGCACUGUCGUUCUUCAGACAGCCCUUCCUACUGCGCUCGCGGCUUCGUACACGACGGUCUUCUCUGGCAUCCCAGGAACAUUCCUGGGAACCCAAACUCGCACCCUCUCUGGAACUGGUGCAGACGGCCUUGGUACAGUUGUUUUGGAGACUGCUUUGCCUACGGCAUUGGCCCAGUCUUAUACCACGAUUUUCUCUGGCGUCCCUGGCACGUUCGUGGGAACUUCGACGCUCACUCUGCCUGGCACUGGUAUCGACGGACUUGGCACGGUCGUUCUUCAGACGGCUAUCCCUACUGCAAGCCCAACUGUGAGCCUUCAGUUCACCACGCUUGUUACGGGUAUUCCUGGAUCCUUCAUCGGAACCCAGACGACUACUCUACCUGUCGUUGGUACUGGCAACUUAGCCACGGUACUACUCCAGACUGCCGUUCCUGUGGUGUCUUACGUGACCCAGGUCACGGGCCUUCCGGGCACUUUCGUUGGAACAAGCACGCGAACCCUGCCUAUCGCCGGCACAGGCAACGUGGGAACGAUUCUCCUGGAGACCGCCGUUCCUUUGGCUUCGUUCACGACCAUCUUCAGUGGCGUCCCUGGCACAUUCGCCGGAACGCAGACUCGCACUUUACCAGCUCUUGGCACUGACGGUCUGAUUACGGUUGUUCUUGAGACUGCUAUACCCGAGGCUACUUCAUCGGCUCUGCCGUCUGUCACGGUCAUCAACACGUCAUAUGUCACGAUCAUCACGGGUAUCUUUGGUUCUUUCGAUGGAACUCAGACAACGACCCUUCCUGCCGCGGUCACCAAUCCUGGCUUGGUCACUGUAGUCCUUCAAACUGCCAUCCCCAGCGCUGGCACAACUGCGUUCACCACGAUCCUCACAGGCAUCCCUGGCGCCACUUUCCCCGGCACCAGGACGAGCACUUUGCCCGUCAUUGGAACUCUCGGAACUGUACUCCUCGAGACAGCCAUUCCCAGCGUCCCCGCGACUUCGUUCACGACGAUCUUCACUGGAGUACCAGGAGCCACGUUCGUCGGCACCCAGUUCAGCACUCUGCCUGUCACCGGUUCCAUUGGCACCGUUCUCGCAGAGACUGCUCUCCCUGCCAUCCCGACAACGUCGCUCACCACCAUCUUCACUGGUAUUCCUGGAGCUACUUUCAUCGGUACGCAAUUUUCGACUCUGCCCGCUACUGGAACGAUCGGCACGGUAUUGGCUCAAACCGCGCUCCCUGCCCUUCCGACGACCUCGUUCACCACGAUCUUCAGUGGAAUUCCAGGAGCUACUUUCGUUGGUCCUCUCACCACCACGCUUCCAGUUACUGGCACGAUUGGCACCGUUAUCAUCGAGAGUGCACUGCCCGCGGUGAUUUCGUACAUCACCGUUCCAACUGGCGUGCCCGGCGCAAGCUUCAUCGGCACCCAGUUCUCUACCCUACCCCUCACUGGUGCCAUUGGUACUGUCUUGGCUCAAACCGCGCUCCCGGCUGACAUUUCGUAUGUCACGAUUCCCACCGGAGUACCUGGGGCUACCUUCAUCGGAACCCAACUCACCACUCUCCCGGUGACUGGUACUAUUGGUACGGUUUUGGCUCAAACUGCCAUCCCCAAUGCAGUCACGUCUUAUACCACGGUCCUCACCGGUGUCAUCGGCACCUUUGCCGGCACACGAGCAACAACUCUUCCCGUUACUGGCACCCUUGGAACCGUGCUCUUGGAGACAGCUCUUCCAGUGCCAACGUCGUACACGACGCUCAUCACCGGAAUCCCGGGCACAUUUAUCGGCGCUCAGACAACUACCUUGGCAGGCUCAGGAACGGUCGGCACCGUACUUAUACAGACGGCGCUGCCUCUGCCACCAGUCACUUCGUACACCACGAUCCCGACUGGCACCAUCGGCACGUUCGCCGGCACUCAGACAAUCACCUUGCCGCUUACUGGCACUUUGGGCACCGUUUUGCUCCAGACCGCCAUCCCGCCUAUUGUUACUGGCUACACCACGAUUACUCGCGGCGUCACUGACACGUUUGUGGGCACUCGUACUUCAACGGGCCCGGUCAGCGGAACGCUGGGUACGGUAUUCGAGGAAACGGCUAUUCCGCCUUUGUCUACAUCAUACGUCACUCUCGUCACUGGUAUUAUCGGGACAUUUGCGGGUACGCAGACGACGACUUUGCCCGUUACUGGAAACAUCGGCACCGUCUUGCUUGAGACUGCUUUGCCUGUUCCAACUUCCUACACGACAAUCUUGACUGGCGCUCCUGGCACUUUCAUUGGCACUCGCGUGACGACGCUACCCGUCAGCGGCACCCUUGGUACCGUUCUUUUGCAGACGGCGUUGCCCAUCCCAACGUCAUACGUUACAGUCACAACCGGCAUUCCGGGCACCUUCACUGGUACUCAGGUAUCAACGAUCCUAGGAUCUGACACUAUUGCCACCGUGGUGCUUCAAACGGCCCUUCCCUUCCCUACCUCGUACACCACACUCCUCACUGGUGCCCCUGGCACCUUUGUUGGUACCAGAACUACAACUUUGCCGGUUUCUGGCACCCUCGGAACUGUCUUGCUCCAAACUGCUCUCCCUCUGCCGACAUCAUAUGUCACGCAGACUACGGGUAUCCUUGGUGCUACCUUCCUUGGCACCCAGACAACGACAAUUGGAACUGGAACCUUGGCCACAGUACUCCUCGAGACGGCCCUUCCCUUCCCUACAUCGUACACCACGAUAUUCACAGGUGUCCCUGGAGCCACUUUCCCAGGAACGCAGACGGUUACUCUCUCUGCUACCGGCACCCUGGCAACAGUCUUGGUUCAGUCCUCAGUUCCAAUUCCGACGUCAUACACAACCGUCUUCACAGGCAUUCCGGGAGCCACCUUUGCUGGACCUCAGACUUCUACACUCGUAGGGUCUGGAUCCAUCGCAACUGUGCUCAUCCAGACUGCUCUGCCAAUCCCGACAUCGUACACCACGAUCGUCACUGGCCUUGCCGGAACUGUAUUCCCCGGAACCCAGACGGUUACGCUUUCGGCCACGGGAACCCUCGGAACCGUUCUGCUUCAGACCGCCAUUCCGUACACGACCGUUCUCACAGGAAUUCCUGGAACAUUCAUCGGAACCCAGGCAAUCACUAUUCCUCCGGUCGGAAGCCAGCUUGGAACAGUCCUUCUUCAAACCGCCUUGCCGCUCUCAUACACCACAGUUACUAGUGGAAUCACGAGCGACUUCACCGGCACAAGGACCCUUACUCUUGAUGGCACGGGCACCAAUGUCCGAACUGUUGUCUUGGAGACUGCUAUCCCUGCCCAGGUCAUUGUCUCUUACACGACAAUCAUCACAGGUAUUCUCGGCACUUUCGCCGGCACUCAGACGUCUACAGUUCCCACAACUGGGCCUGGCCAGAGCCUCGUCACCGUUUUCUUAGAGACCGCUAUUCGCCCGAUUUCGUUCACGACAGUCUUUAGCGGAGUCAUCGGCAACUUUGCAGGCACUUCAACCGUUACUCUUCCCACGACCGCCGGCCAGGCCCUUGGUACCGUGGUUCUGCAAACCGCGCUGCAAACCACAUCCUACAUCACGAUUCCUUCGGGCGUACCUGGCAACUUCCAAGGCACCUCACUCAUCACCUUGGACGGCACUGGUCUCAUCAGAACUGUUAUCGCAGAGACAGCCUUGCCCACAACAUCGUACACGACGAUUGUGUCAGGAGUUGCUGGUAACUUUCAGGGCACUUCUCUCAUCACUCUGUCAGGCACUGGUCUCAUCCGAACUGUUAUUGCCGAAACCGCGAUCCCAACGACUGGUUACGUGACGAUUCCCACCGGCGUGCCCGGCAACUUUGCUGGAACCUCGCUCAUCACCCAGUCUGCCGCUCCUGGCGCCACGCUCAUCACCGUCUUAGCCCAGACAGCCAUUCCGACCACCGGCUAUGUGACCAUUCCCACUGGCGUCCCGGGUAACUUCCAGGGUACGUCUUUGAUCACGCAGUCGGCUGCCGCAGGUGCCACGUUGAUUACUGUGUUGGCUCAAACCGCCAUUCCCACGACGGGAUACGUGACAAUUCCCACGGGUGUACCUGGAAACUUCCAGGGCACAGCUUUGAUCACGCAGUCCGCCGCCGCAGGAGCAACGCUCAUCACCGUAUUGGCCCAAACAGCCAUUCCUACUACAGGUUAUGUGACAAUCCCGACUGGCGUCACUGGCAACUUCGCUGGCACAUCCUUGGUCACUCAGUCCGCUCCCGCAGGUGCGACGUUGAUUACGGUGCUGGCUCAGACUGCUAUCCCUACAACAGGAUAUAUCACCAUUCCCACUGGUGUUACUGGCAACUUUGCCGGCACGUCUUUGGUUACUCAAUCUGCUGCCGCAGGAGCUACUCUCAUCACGGUUCUGGCACAGACGGCCAUUCCGACGACGGGAUACAUCACCAUCCCUACCGGUGUAACAGGCACGUUCCAAGGCACGUCUCUGGUCACGCAAUCCGCAGCUGCUGGCGCUACCCUUAUCACUGUUCUCGCGCAGACAGCUCUGCCAACAACCCGCUUCACUACCAUCCCGACUGGUGUUGCGGGCAACUUUGCCGGCACGUCGUACGUUACUCAAUCUGCUGCUGCGGGAGCUACCGUUAUCACGGUCCUCGCGGAGACGGCUAUCCCGACCACGAGCUACGUGACCGUCCCAACUGGAGUUCCUGGAACCUUCCAAGGCACCUCGCUGGUGACUCAGUCAGCCGCCGCGGGCGCUACUCUGAUCACGGUUCAGGCACAGACAGCCCUGCCUAUCACGACGACGACGACCGUCCUUACCGGUGUCCAAGGUGUUUUCGCUGGGACUUCAUACCUCACCCUUACUGGCAGCGGAACUAUCGUCACUGUUCUCGCCCAGACUGCCCUGGCUCAGACUUCCUACGUGACCAUCCCCUCUGGAGUGCCUGGCGCUACUUUCACCGGUACGUCAUUGGUCACUCAGUCUGGAACAGGUCUUGUCAGGACGGUCAUCGCAGAAACUGCCCUGCCCACGACAACAUAUGUCACAAUUCCUACGGGUGUUGUUGGAGCUACCUUUACCGGCACCUCCUACGUUACUCAGAGUGGCACCGGUCUCAUCAGGACCGUUCUCGCCGAGACAGCAAUCGCACCAACGACGACAUACGUCACUGUUCCUUCUGGAGUCACUGGAGCCUCUUUCACUGGCACUUCUCUCAUUACCCAAUCGGGCACUGGGCUGACCAGAACCGUCAUUGCGGCCACGGCCGUUCCCAUCUCGACCGUCUAUACGACCAUCCCGACUGGAGUUGGCGGUUCUUUCACAGGAACUCGCUACUCCACCGUAAGCGGCACCGGCAGUCUCAUCACUGUAUUCGCGCAGACUCGCAUUCCCACGGCCACACGUGUCGUUACGCAGACGUCCUCGCCAUCGGGAUGUAUCCCCACGCCCGUCGCAAGCCCUACUGGACGCUGCAUCACUCAAGCACAAGUCAAUGCAGUUCCGAUCCCGACUCAAUGCUCCAUCUUGGAUCAGACCCUCCUCGGCGGGGUGCUCACCACUCCUAGUCCGUCGCAGCUCGCCGCUUGUCAAGCCGCGUUGGGCAACUAUGCCACCAUCCCUCAGGUUGCGGCUUGUACCGUAUCCGGACUCAGGCUCCUCGGCACAUAUGCCGACUGUAUCAGGACCGGUCUUGCCAGUGCAAUUGGCUGUGUCACAAGUCUGCCGCUCUCAUGUACUCAGAUCGAGGCUGCCACGGGUGUCGCCGCCAUUACGGCGCAAGCCAAUGUCUGUAUCGCCAAUUUGGGGAUUUUCGGAUAUUCUGGACUUUUCGGCAACACCGUUAACUUAGCAGCUUGCAUCACAAACAAUGCAGCUACUUCUGGUCUGGCGGUCCUCAACUGCAUCGAACAGGGCACCGGCCUGCCCAUCAACAGCUCCAGAGCAAACACGGCGGUGCUAUGCCCAUCAGGAACAGCUUGCCCGCAGGUUCCCACGGCUUGCGGAGCUCUUCUGGAUGCGUCGUUCAACUUGACGAACGGUCUCAAUGCCCAGGUCAACCUCUGUCAGGCGGCCCUGGUGGUCAAUUCCAUUCCAAACGUUCUCAGCACGACUCUUGCAGACCCCUUGGGCACAGUUGGCUGUCUGGUCGACGGUCUUCUGAGCUCGUUACAAAUCGGCCAGUGUAUCGUGCAGAAGAUCCAAUCCGCCUGUAUCACCAGCUUGCCCCAGACCUGUCUGAACAUCGGCGUGGGCGCCCAAGCAAGCGGCCUUGCCAGCAACGUGAACGCGGCGGUAUCAGUCACGGAUCUCCUCAGCUGCGUCACGAGUCUCGGCUUGCUGGCGAACAGAGUCGACCCUAACUGCUUCAACGUCAGCUUGGGCUCACAGGGCAUCGUUUCUUGCCUGAACCUCAGCUUGUUCGGCGUCGCCACCGUCAACGUUGUCACCAAAUAA